GCAAACAUUUUAAAAAUGAACUGGAGCAAACAUUUUGAAAAGAUUUAUUUCAUAGCGGUUUGCCUUAUUUAUACUUUUUGUUAUGCUGAUCAAUGUGAAGAUGCUGAACAUUUUUACUAUUCUUUUGACAGCUAUUUUGGACCAGAAAUUGUGUUUGAUAGUUUAAACAAUAGUAAUUAUGCAAUUACUCAUAAUGUAAAAUCAGUAAGUAACAAUUGCCCUUUAAAUCUUGGUAACUGUAUUAGUAUAUCAACAAUAGGUGGCAUCUUUAUUAAAUCAAUAAAGCCAUCUACCCAGUUAUCAUUUGGUGGAUGGUUCAGUAUCAGUAAUUCUUUUUCAAGACUUUUUUAUGUUUAUGCUACUGAUUCAUAUAUUCCACAAAUUCAAUUUGAUGUAGUUGAACAAAGUUUACAUCUAAAGUUGAACACAAAUUCAGACAGAGAAAAUUAUACUUACUCAAGUAUAAGCAAAAUACAGUUAGAUGUUUGGAAUCAUAUAGCAUUUGUAUACAAUCCAUUAACUAAUGGUGUUUAUUUUUAUAUAAAUGGAAGUUUGAUUAUAAGUUUUUAUACUCCAGCUUCAUAUGCAUUACCUACUGAUCUUUGGCAGACUGUUGUGUUUGGAGGUGAUAUACUUGGAAAUGGGUUGAAUGGGUAUAUGGAUGAGUUAAAUCUAUAUUUUUGUUCCCUUACUCAAUCAGAAGUCGCAACUUUAGCUGACAACAAUCCUUUUACAUACAAUAUCUAUCACAACUCCACAAGUGGAAUCAUAAUAUAUCCAAUGCCUGAUAUCGCAGAUAUUUCAGAAUAUUCAUCCAUAACAUACAAUGUAUUUUUGAAUGCAACUGUUGGCAGUAGUUUAACAAUUGAAAAUGUAUAUAAAUUUGUUAAGUGUUCUGUAUUGACAGAUGUAUUAGUAAUCAAUGCUGAGAAAAACUCAAUAUGUAGUUUUGAUAUCUUGUUGAAGUCUUACUGCUUUGAUAGUGAAAUUAUUCAUAUUCAAUAUAAAAGUCAAGUUGUUAGUAUUUCUGAUGCUUUCAAAUUAUCUUGGAUAAUUGAAGGAACGAUAUCAGAUUGGAGUUCAUGGGGUGCAUGUUCUGCGAGCUGUAACACUCUUUUUGGUUCACCAUAUCAGACUAGAACUCGAUCUUUUUCUGGAUAUUCAACAUGGAAUCCUUCAUUUAAGGGUUGUUCUGGAAUCACUUCAAGUGAGCAACAGAGUUGUAAUACAAAUGUUACCUGUCAAGGUACUUAUGGUGAGUGGAGUGCUUGGGGUGAUUGUUCAGAAACCUGUCAGUCUAAUCAAAAUACACCUCCUUUCCAAACUCAAACUGGGCAAUGUAUAGGGGCUACUUUGGGAGGAGGUUGUGUUGGAUCAAGUACUCAAACUCAACCUUGCAAUAUGGAAGUACCUUGUCCAGGUACUUUAAGUGAUUGGGGAUCAUGGGAAGCAUGCUCAUCUAGUUGUCAAAUGAGUUUUAUAGCACCAACUCAAACAAGACGUCGGGUCUGCACAGGCAAUACUUUUAAUGGCAAUUGUAAUGAAGCUGUGUUAAUUGAAACUCAAAACUGUAAUGAACAAGUUGUUUAUCAAGAUCAACAGACAGAAUUUUAUGUUCAAGAAAACAUUUUAGUUGGUGCCUAUGUUGGACAAUUAAGCACUAAUAAUCUUUGUAAUAAAAUUGUAUUUCAAAUUUCAUCUAAUUCAUUCAGCAUUGAAAAUGGUACCAUAAAAGUAAAUGAUUCUUUAGACUUUGAAUAUUGUCGAUUGUAUGAGUUGAAAGUAUUAGCUUUUAAUCAAGGGAGCAAUCAACAAGAAAAUCCCGUUGCUUUUAAUAUAACUAUUCACAUUAUCAAUGUGAAUGAUCAAAAACCAAAAUUUAAUCAAGAAAACUAUUUUGCUGACAUAAAUGAGACUAAUGAAACAGGUGUCAGCGUUUUACAAUUGUAUGCUAAAGAUGAAGAUAAUAUAAGUAGUAUUUACUUUUAUUGCAUUGGAAAUGACUUUAACAUGUUCCAUAUUGAUAAUCAAACAGGAGUUAUAAGUAACAAAGAUCCCUUACUUCAAGAAGAACUGUACAGCUUUAUCUGUGUUGUAUCUGAUGGCAACUUUAUUGAUAUAGCUAGUGUUUUUAUACAAGUUAAAGAUAUUAAUAACCAUCCACCAAUGAUUAAUGAUACUACUAUAAUUGUAUAUGACACUACACCAAUUAAUUCUGUGAUUGCAACAAUAAAAUAUGAAGACUAUGAUUUAGGUCAAAAUGGUUUUGUAGAGUUUCGCAUUAUUGAUGAUCUAUACAAUGGCACUUUUGGUUUUAAUGACACAAAUAAAUUAGUUUUAAAAAAAACAUUAAAUUUCGGUGUAAUUUAUUAUUUAAGAGUAGAGAUUUCAGAUAUGGGAAGUCCAAAGCAACUUUCAACAGCUUUGAUUACAAUUAAAUUAGGGCAUCUUUCAUUUGAACAAAUUGAGUAUCCUCCAUUUGUUUCACAUAUUCCUGCAAUUAAUAUGUCUGAAGGUAUAUACCAUGAUCUAUACCUUGCAACAUUUACAGUAACAGCAUAUGACAUCAACACAAUUUCAAUAUAUGUGUAUAGUUCAGAUAAUGACUUUACUAUAUGGGUUGAAUCAAUGGAAAAUAGUAGCAAUGCUUUUAUAAUUUGGCUAAAUGGAAGUUUAAAUUUUGAAACCAAUGAUGUUAUUAAAUUUUUAAUAAUUGCUAAAGAUGGAAAGUAUGAAUCUUUUAAAGAGGUUACAAUUAUGGUAGAAGAUGUUAACGAACCACCUGCAUUUUUAGAUGAGUUUUAUGAAGUAGAGGUUCAAGAAGAUGCUUUUAUUGGAUCCUAUUUAGUCACUGUACAAGGUUUUGAUCCAGAUCUGACUGCCAAUCCAAUCUUAAUAUAUACUAUUGAUCCAAAUUCAAAUAAUAAUAACUCAUUUGUUAUAGACCAAUCUGGAGCAGUCAAACUAGUCACAACACUUAACUAUGUAAACAGAAACUUUUACAAUCUAACUGUUAUACUAUCUGAUGGAGUUAAGAAUGCUUCAACAUCAGUAAAAAUAAAUGUGACUCCUUGUGUAUACCAAUGUUUUGUAUUAGGUUUAAACAAACAUAUUCCUAUUAUUUCAAACAUUCCCGUGAUUAAUAUCUAUGAAGGUGAGUACAAUCAACUAAAUGUUACUAAUUUUACUGUCACAAAUUAUGAUCAUUAUGAUAAUUAUACUAUUUUAGUCAUUAUAUAUGAUUUUUUAACAAGUUUAAACCUAACAGCUAGGAGAAUAAACAACUAUAGCAACUUAUUUUACCUUGAACUAAAUGGAGUUUUAAAUUUUGAAAAUAAUAAUGAAGUUCACUAUCUUAUUGAGGCUUCAAAUGGGAACCUAAAGUCGUAUGCUGAAGGAUUAAUUUUUGUACUUGAUGUGAAUGAACCACCAAUGACUCUAGACGAGAGUUAUUAUGUUGAAAUUAGCGAAGAUGCCUUUAUCGGAUCAUAUAUUAUUACUGUUAAAGGUUUUGAUCCAGAUAUUGAUGAUAAUCCAACUUUGACAUAUACCAUUAAUCAACUUACAAACGAAGAUGAAUUGUUUGAAAUUAACUUAUCUUCAGGAGUUGUUCAGCUAAAAAAAACUCUAUAUCACACUCACAAAAGUUACUAUAAUUUAUCGGUUAUAGUAUCAGAUGGUAUUUAUUUUGUUUCAACAUUAGUAAAUAUAAACAUAACUACUUGCAAUUAUAAGUGUCUUCCAUCAGGCUUAAACAGUUAUAUGCCUAUCAUUUCACCGAUUCCUUUUGUUAAUGUAUUUGAAGGUGCAUAUAACAGUUAUUAUUUGACUAAUUAUACAGUUACAGAUUAUGACAGCACAAAUGUUUCUAUAAAUAUAUAUAAUUUUAACAAUGAUUUGAACAUUACAACAAGAAGAUUGAACAUUUACAGUAACUCAUUUAUUGUUGAAUUAAGUGGUAAGCUAGAUUUUGAAAUCAAUGAUGUAGUUCACUAUUUUAUUGAAGCCACAGAUGGAGUUCUUAAAUCAUUAGUUAAAGGACUUCUUUUUAUUAUAAAUGUAAAUGAACCACCGAUGACUCUAGAUGAGAAUUAUUAUGCUGAAAUACGUGAAGAUGCUUUUAUUGGAUCGUUUGUUGUCACUGUUGAAGGUUUUGAUCCAGAUGUUGAUGAUAAUGCUAUCUUGGCAUAUGCUAUUGACCCAGUUUCAAACAGUGAUCAUAAAUUUGUUAUUGAUGCAUCUUCUGGAAUAAUUAAGUUAAUGAAAACAUUGAAUUACACUAUGAAAAGCUUUUACAACUUGUCUGUUAUGGUGUCAGAUGGGGUCAAUUUGGUUUCGACAUCAGUGAAUAUAAAUGUGACUCCUUGUUAUAAUGAGUGCCUUUACAUUAGUUUAAACAAACCUGCUCCUGUCAUUUCCUCUAUUCUUCCAGUUAAUAUCUUAGAAGGAGAAUACAAGAACUAUUAUUUAACUAAUUUUACAGUUACAAAUUAUGAGAACGUUACUUUAUCUGUCAAUGUUUAUGAUUUCGGUAGCAAUUUGAACUUAACAGUGAAGCGACUGAACAGUUACAGCAACGUGUUUUUGGUUGAACUUACAGGAAAUCUAAAUUUUGAAAAUAGAGAUAUAGUGCACUAUCUUGUUGAAGCUACUGAUGGAAAUCUGUUGGCCGUUGCUGAAGGAUCAAUUUUUGUACUUGACAUGAAUGAACCACCAAUGAUUCUAGAUGAAAGUUAUUAUGUUGAAAUUCGUGAAGAUGCUUUUAUUGGAUCAUAUGUUGUUACUGUUCAGGGUUUUGAUCCAGAUAUUGAUGAUAAUCCAACUUUAACAUACACUAUUACUCCGCUUUCAAAUAAAGAUGAAUUCUUUAUUAUUAAUGAAUCUUCAGGAGUAAUUCAACUUAAGAAAACACUACAUCACACUGACAAAAGUUAUUAUAUAUUAACUGUUACAUUAUCAGAUGGUAUUCAUUUUGUUUCAACAAUGGUAAAUAUAAACGUUACAACUUGCAAUUAUGAGUGUCUUCCAUCAGGCUUAAACAGACAUAUUCCUAUCAUUUCACAUAUUCCAAUUUCUAGUAUAUUUGAAGGUGAGUAUAAAAAUCAUUAUUUAACCAAUUAUACUGUUACAGAUUAUGACAGCUCAAAUAUUUCUAUUAAUAUAUAUAAUUUCGAAUAUGAUUUAAAUAUUACUACGAGAAGAUUAGACAUAUAUAGCAACACAUAUAUUAUUGAAAUAGAUGGAAAACUAGAUUUUGAAAUCAAUGAAGUAAUUCAUUAUUUUAUUGAAGCAACCGAUGGAGUUCUGAAAUCAUUUGUCAAAGGACUUUUUUUUGUUAUAAAUAUAAAUGAUCCACCUAUAUUUUUAAACGAAUUUUAUACAGUACAAAUCUUUAAUAUCUUGGAAGGAGUAUACAGGAGCUAUUAUUUAACCAAUUUUACAGUUACAGAUUAUGAGAACGUUACUUUAUCUGUCAAUGUUUAUGAUUUCGGUAGCAAUUUGAACUUAACAGUGAAGCGACUGAACAGUUACAGCAACGUGUUUUUGGUUGAACUUACAGGAAAUCUAAAUUUUGAAAAUGGAGAUAUAGUGCACUAUCUUGUUGAAGCUUCUGAUGGAAACCUGAUGGCCGUUGCUGAAGGAUCGAUUUUUGUACUUAACGUGAAUGAACCACCGAUGACUCUAGAUGAGAGUUAUUACGUUGAAAUUCGUGAAGAUGCUUUUAUUGGAUCGUUUGUUGUCACUGUUGAAGGUUUUGAUCCAGAUGUUGAUGACAAUGCUAUCUUGGCAUAUGCUAUUGAUCCGUUUUCAAACAGUGAUAAUAAGUUUGUUAUUGAUGCAUCUUCUGGAGUAGUUAAGUUGAUGAAAACACUGAAUUACACUAAGAAAAGCUUUUACAACUUGUCUGUUACGGUGUCAGAUGGCGUUAAUUUGGUUUCGACAUCAGUGAAUAUAAACGUGACUCGUUGCGAUUCUGAGUGCCUUUCUUUUGGUUUGAACAAGCCUGUUCCUGUCCUUUCUUCUAUUCCUCCAGUUAAUAUCUUGGAAGGAGUAUACAGGAGCUAUUAUUUAACCAAUUUUACAGUUACAGAUUAUGAGAACGUUACUUUAUCUGUCAAUGUUUAUGAUUUCGGUAGCAAUUUGAACUUAACAGUGAAGCGACUGAACAGUUACAGCAACGUGUUUUUGGUUGAACUUACAGGAAAUCUAAAUUUUGAAAAUGGAGAUAUAGUGCACUAUCUUGUUGAAGCUUCUGAUGGAAACCUGAUGGCCGUUGCUGAAGGAUCGAUUUUUGUACUUAACGUGAAUGAACCACCGAUGACUCUAGAUGAGAGUUAUUACGUUGAAAUUCGUGAAGAUGCUUUUAUUGGAUCGUUUGUUGUCACUGUUGAAGGUUUUGAUCCAGAUGUUGAUGACAAUGCUAUCUUGGCAUAUGCUAUUGAUCCGUUUUCAAACAGUGAUAAUAAGUUUGUUAUUGAUGCAUCUUCUGGAGUAGUUAAGUUGAUGAAAACACUGAAUUACACUAAGAAAAGCUUUUACAACUUGUCUGUUACGGUGUCAGAUGGCGUUAAUUUGGUUUCGACAUCAGUGAAUAUAAACGUGACUCGUUGCGAUUCUGAGUGCCUUUCUUUUGGUUUGAACAAGCCUGUUCCUGUCCUUUCUUCUAUUCCUCCAGUUAAUAUCUUGGAAGGAGUAUACAGGAGCUAUUAUUUAACCAAUUUUACAGUUACAGAUUAUGAGAACGUUACUUUAUCUGUCAAUGUUUAUGAUUUCGGUAGCAAUUUGAACUUAACAGUGAAGCGACUGAACAGUUACAGCAACGUGUUUUUGGUUGAACUUACAGGAAAUCUAAAUUUUGAAAAUGGAGAUAUAGUGCACUAUCUUGUUGAAGCUUCUGAUGGAAACCUGAUGGCCGUUGCUGAAGGAUCGAUUUUUGUACUUAACGUGAAUGAACCACCGAUGACUCUAGAUGAGAGUUAUUACGUUGAAAUUCGUGAAGAUGCUUUUAUUGGAUCGUUUGUUGUCACUGUUGAAGGUUUUGAUCCAGAUGUUGAUGACAAUGCUAUCUUGGCAUAUGCUAUUGAUCCGUUUUCAAACAGUGAUAAUAAGUUUGUUAUUGAUGCAUCUUCUGGAGUAGUUAAGUUGAUGAAAACACUGAAUUACACUAAGAAAAGCUUUUACAACUUGUCUGUUACGGUGUCAGAUGGCGUUAAUUUGGUUUCGACAUCAGUGAAUAUAAACGUGACUCGUUGCGAUUCUGAGUGCCUUUCUUUUGGUUUGAACAAGCCUGUUCCUGUCCUUUCUUCUAUUCCUCCAGUUAAUAUCUUGGAAGGAGUAUACAGGAGCUAUUAUUUAACCAAUUUUACAGUUACAGAUUAUGAGAACGUUACUUUAUCUGUCAAUGUUUAUGAUUUCGGUAGCAAUUUGAACUUAACAGUGAAGCGACUGAACAGUUACAGCAACGUGUUUUUGGUUGAACUUACAGGAAAUCUAAAUUUUGAAAAUGGAGAUAUAGUGCACUAUCUUGUUGAAGCUUCUGAUGGAAACCUGAUGGCCGUUGCUGAAGGAUCGAUUUUUGUACUUAACGUGAAUGAACCACCGAUGACUCUAGAUGAGAGUUAUUACGUUGAAAUUCGUGAAGAUGCUUUUAUUGGAUCGUUUGUUGUCACUGUUGAAGGUUUUGAUCCAGAUGUUGAUGACAAUGCUAUCUUGGCAUAUGCUAUUGAUCCGUUUUCAAACAGUGAUAAUAAGUUUGUUAUUGAUGCAUCUUCUGGAGUAGUUAAGUUGAUGAAAACACUGAAUUACACUAAGAAAAGCUUUUACAACUUGUCUGUUACGGUGUCAGAUGGCGUUAAUUUGGUUUCGACAUCAGUGAAUAUAAACGUGACUCGUUGCGAUUCUGAGUGCCUUUCUUUUGGUUUGAACAAGCCUGUUCCUGUCCUUUCUUCUAUUCCUCCAGUUAAUAUCUUGGAAGGAGUAUACAGGAGCUAUUAUUUAACCAAUUUUACAGUUACAGAUUAUGAGAACGUUACUUUAUCUGUCAAUGUUUAUGAUUUCGGUAGCAAUUUGAACUUAACAGUGAAGCGACUGAACAGUUACAGCAACGUGUUUUUGGUUGAACUUACAGGAAAUCUAAAUUUUGAAAAUGGAGAUAUAGUGCACUAUCUUGUUGAAGCUUCUGAUGGAAACCUGAUGGCCGUUGCUGAAGGAUCGAUUUUUGUACUUAACGUGAAUGAACCACCGAUGACUCUAGAUGAGAGUUAUUACGUUGAAAUUCGUGAAGAUGCUUUUAUUGGAUCGUUUGUUGUCACUGUUGAAGGUUUUGAUCCAGAUGUUGAUGACAAUGCUAUCUUGGCAUAUGCUAUUGAUCCGUUUUCAAACAGUGAUAAUAAGUUUGUUAUUGAUGCAUCUUCUGGAGUAGUUAAGUUGAUGAAAACACUGAAUUACACUAAGAAAAGCUUUUACAACUUGUCUGUUACGGUGUCAGAUGGCGUUAAUUUGGUUUCGACAUCAGUGAAUAUAAACGUGACUCGUUGCGAUUCUGAGUGCCUUUCUUUUGGUUUGAACAAGCCUGUUCCUGUCCUUUCUUCUAUUCCUCCAGUUAAUAUCUUGGAAGGAGUAUACAGGAGCUAUUAUUUAACCAAUUUUACAGUUACAGAUUAUGAGAACGUUACUUUAUCUGUCAAUGUUUAUGAUUUCGGUAGCAAUUUGAACUUAACAGUGAAGCGACUGAACAGUUACAGCAACGUGUUUUUGGUUGAACUUACAGGAAAUCUAAAUUUUGAAAAUGGAGAUAUAGUGCACUAUCUUGUUGAAGCUUCUGAUGGAAACCUGAUGGCCGUUGCUGAAGGAUCGAUUUUUGUACUUAACGUGAAUGAACCACCGAUGACUCUAGAUGAGAGUUAUUACGUUGAAAUUCGUGAAGAUGCUUUUAUUGGAUCGUUUGUUGUCACUGUUGAAGGUUUUGAUCCAGAUGUUGAUGACAAUGCUAUCUUGGCAUAUGCUAUUGAUCCGUUUUCAAACAGUGAUAAUAAGUUUGUUAUUGAUGCAUCUUCUGGAGUAGUUAAGUUGAUGAAAACACUGAAUUACACUAAGAAAAGCUUUUACAACUUGUCUGUUACGGUGUCAGAUGGCGUUAAUUUGGUUUCGACAUCAGUGAAUAUAAACGUGACUCGUUGCGAUUCUGAGUGCCUUUCUUUUGGUUUGAACAAGCCUGUUCCUGUCCUUUCUUCUAUUCCUCCAGUUAAUAUCUUGGAAGGAGUAUACAGGAGCUAUUAUUUAACCAAUUUUACAGUUACAGAUUAUGAGAACGUUACUUUAUCUGUCAAUGUUUAUGAUUUCGGUAGCAAUUUGAACUUAACAGUGAAGCGACUGAACAGUUACAGCAACGUGUUUUUGGUUGAACUUACAGGAAAUCUAAAUUUUGAAAAUGGAGAUAUAGUGCACUAUCUUGUUGAAGCUUCUGAUGGAAACCUGAUGGCCGUUGCUGAAGGAUCGAUUUUUGUACUUAACGUGAAUGAACCACCGAUGACUCUAGAUGAGAGUUAUUACGUUGAAAUUCGUGAAGAUGCUUUUAUUGGAUCGUUUGUUGUCACUGUUGAAGGUUUUGAUCCAGAUGUUGAUGACAAUGCUAUCUUGGCAUAUGCUAUUGAUCCGUUUUCAAACAGUGAUAAUAAGUUUGUUAUUGAUGCAUCUUCUGGAGUAGUUAAGUUGAUGAAAACACUGAAUUACACUAAGAAAAGCUUUUACAACUUGUCUGUUACGGUGUCAGAUGGCGUUAAUUUGGUUUCGACAUCAGUGAAUAUAAACGUGACUCGUUGCGAUUCUGAGUGCCUUUCUUUUGGUUUGAACAAGCCUGUUCCUGUCCUUUCUUCUAUUCCUCCAGUUAAUAUCUUGGAAGGAGUAUACAGGAGCUAUUAUUUAACCAAUUUUACAGUUACAGAUUAUGAGAACGUUACUUUAUCUGUCAAUGUUUAUGAUUUCGGUAGCAAUUUGAACUUAACAGUGAAGCGACUGAACAGUUACAGCAACGUGUUUUUGGUUGAACUUACAGGAAAUCUAAAUUUUGAAAAUGGAGAUAUAGUGCACUAUCUUGUUGAAGCUUCUGAUGGAAACCUGAUGGCCGUUGCUGAAGGAUCGAUUUUUGUACUUAACGUGAAUGAACCACCGAUGACUCUAGAUGAGAGUUAUUACGUUGAAAUUCGUGAAGAUGCUUUUAUUGGAUCGUUUGUUGUCACUGUUGAAGGUUUUGAUCCAGAUGUUGAUGACAAUGCUAUCUUGGCAUAUGCUAUUGAUCCGUUUUCAAACAGUGAUAAUAAGUUUGUUAUUGAUGCAUCUUCUGGAGUAGUUAAGUUGAUGAAAACACUGAAUUACACUAAGAAAAGCUUUUACAACUUGUCUGUUACGGUGUCAGAUGGCGUUAAUUUGGUUUCGACAUCAGUGAAUAUAAACGUGACUCGUUGCGAUUCUGAGUGCCUUUCUUUUGGUUUGAACAAGCCUGUUCCUGUCCUUUCUUCUAUUCCUCCAGUUAAUAUCUUGGAAGGAGUAUACAGGAGCUAUUAUUUAACCAAUUUUACAGUUACAGAUUAUGAGAACGUUACUUUAUCUGUCAAUGUUUAUGAUUUCGGUAGCAAUUUGAACUUAACAGUGAAGCGACUGAACAGUUACAGCAACGUGUUUUUGGUUGAACUUACAGGAAAUCUAAAUUUUGAAAAUGGAGAUAUAGUGCACUAUCUUGUUGAAGCUUCUGAUGGAAACCUGAUGGCCGUUGCUGAAGGAUCGAUUUUUGUACUUAACGUGAAUGAACCACCGAUGACUCUAGAUGAGAGUUAUUACGUUGAAAUUCGUGAAGAUGCUUUUAUUGGAUCGUUUGUUGUCACUGUUGAAGGUUUUGAUCCAGAUGUUGAUGACAAUGCUAUCUUGGCAUAUGCUAUUGAUCCGUUUUCAAACAGUGAUAAUAAGUUUGUUAUUGAUGCAUCUUCUGGAGUAGUUAAGUUGAUGAAAACACUGAAUUACACUAAGAAAAGCUUUUACAACUUGUCUGUUACGGUGUCAGAUGGCGUUAAUUUGGUUUCGACAUCAGUGAAUAUAAACGUGACUCGUUGCGAUUCUGAGUGCCUUUCUUUUGGUUUGAACAAGCCUGUUCCUGUCCUUUCUUCUAUUCCUCCAGUUAAUAUCUUGGAAGGAGUAUACAGGAGCUAUUAUUUAACCAAUUUUACAGUUACAGAUUAUGAGAACGUUACUUUAUCUGUCAAUGUUUAUGAUUUCGGUAGCAAUUUGAACUUAACAGUGAAGCGACUGAACAGUUACAGCAACGUGUUUUUGGUUGAACUUACAGGAAAUCUAAAUUUUGAAAAUGGAGAUAUAGUGCACUAUCUUGUUGAAGCUUCUGAUGGAAACCUGAUGGCCGUUGCUGAAGGAUCGAUUUUUGUACUUAACGUGAAUGAACCACCGAUGACUCUAGAUGAGAGUUAUUACGUUGAAAUUCGUGAAGAUGCUUUUAUUGGAUCGUUUGUUGUCACUGUUGAAGGUUUUGAUCCAGAUGUUGAUGACAAUGCUAUCUUGGCAUAUGCUAUUGAUCCGUUUUCAAACAGUGAUAAUAAGUUUGUUAUUGAUGCAUCUUCUGGAGUAGUUAAGUUGAUGAAAACACUGAAUUACACUAAGAAAAGCUUUUACAACUUGUCUGUUACGGUGUCAGAUGGCGUUAAUUUGGUUUCGACAUCAGUGAAUAUAAACGUGACUCGUUGCGAUUCUGAGUGCCUUUCUUUUGGUUUGAACAAGCCUGUUCCUGUCCUUUCUUCUAUUCCUCCAGUUAAUAUCUUGGAAGGAGUAUACAGGAGCUAUUAUUUAACCAAUUUUACAGUUACAGAUUAUGAGAACGUUACUUUAUCUGUCAAUGUUUAUGAUUUCGGUAGCAAUUUGAACUUAACAGUGAAGCGACUGAACAGUUACAGCAACGUGUUUUUGGUUGAACUUACAGGAAAUCUAAAUUUUGAAAAUGGAGAUAUAGUGCACUAUCUUGUUGAAGCUUCUGAUGGAAACCUGAUGGCCGUUGCUGAAGGAUCGAUUUUUGUACUUAACGUGAAUGAACCACCGAUGACUCUAGAUGAGAGUUAUUACGUUGAAAUUCGUGAAGAUGCUUUUAUUGGAUCGUUUGUUGUCACUGUUGAAGGUUUUGAUCCAGAUGUUGAUGACAAUGCUAUCUUGGCAUAUGCUAUUGAUCCGUUUUCAAACAGUGAUAAUAAGUUUGUUAUUGAUGCAUCUUCUGGAGUAGUUAAGUUGAUGAAAACACUGAAUUACACUAAGAAAAGCUUUUACAACUUGUCUGUUACGGUGUCAGAUGGCGUUAAUUUGGUUUCGACAUCAGUGAAUAUAAACGUGACUCGUUGCGAUUCUGAGUGCCUUUCUUUUGGUUUGAACAAGCCUGUUCCUGUCCUUUCUUCUAUUCCUCCAGUUAAUAUCUUGGAAGGAGUAUACAGGAGCUAUUAUUUAACCAAUUUUACAGUUACAGAUUAUGAGAACGUUACUUUAUCUGUCAAUGUUUAUGAUUUCGGUAGCAAUUUGAACUUAACAGUGAAGCGACUGAACAGUUACAGCAACGUGUUUUUGGUUGAACUUACAGGAAAUCUAAAUUUUGAAAAUGGAGAUAUAGUGCACUAUCUUGUUGAAGCUUCUGAUGGAAACCUGAUGGCCGUUGCUGAAGGAUCGAUUUUUGUACUUAACGUGAAUGAACCACCGAUGACUCUAGAUGAGAGUUAUUACGUUGAAAUUCGUGAAGAUGCUUUUAUUGGAUCGUUUGUUGUCACUGUUGAAGGUUUUGAUCCAGAUGUUGAUGACAAUGCUAUCUUGGCAUAUGCUAUUGAUCCGUUUUCAAACAGUGAUAAUAAGUUUGUUAUUGAUGCAUCUUCUGGAGUAGUUAAGUUGAUGAAAACACUGAAUUACACUAAGAAAAGCUUUUACAACUUGUCUGUUACGGUGUCAGAUGGCGUUAAUUUGGUUUCGACAUCAGUGAAUAUAAACGUGACUCGUUGCGAUUCUGAGUGCCUUUCUUUUGGUUUGAACAAGCCUGUUCCUGUCCUUUCUUCUAUUCCUCCAGUUAAUAUCUUGGAAGGAGUAUACAGGAGCUAUUAUUUAACCAAUUUUACAGUUACAGAUUAUGAGAACGUUACUUUAUCUGUCAAUGUUUAUGAUUUCGGUAGCAAUUUGAACUUAACAGUGAAGCGACUGAACAGUUACAGCAACGUGUUUUUGGUUGAACUUACAGGAAAUCUAAAUUUUGAAAAUGGAGAUAUAGUGCACUAUCUUGUUGAAGCUUCUGAUGGAAACCUGAUGGCCGUUGCUGAAGGAUCGAUUUUUGUACUUAACGUGAAUGAACCACCGAUGACUCUAGAUGAGAGUUAUUACGUUGAAAUUCGUGAAGAUGCUUUUAUUGGAUCGUUUGUUGUCACUGUUGAAGGUUUUGAUCCAGAUGUUGAUGACAAUGCUAUCUUGGCAUAUGCUAUUGAUCCGUUUUCAAACAGUGAUAAUAAGUUUGUUAUUGAUGCAUCUUCUGGAGUAGUUAAGUUGAUGAAAACACUGAAUUACACUAAGAAAAGCUUUUACAACUUGUCUGUUACGGUGUCAGAUGGCGUUAAUUUGGUUUCGACAUCAGUGAAUAUAAACGUGACUCGUUGCGAUUCUGAGUGCCUUUCUUUUGGUUUGAACAAGCCUGUUCCUGUCCUUUCUUCUAUUCCUCCAGUUAAUAUCUUGGAAGGAGUAUACAGGAGCUAUUAUUUAACCAAUUUUACAGUUACAGAUUAUGAGAACGUUACUUUAUCUGUCAAUGUUUAUGAUUUCGGUAGCAAUUUGAACUUAACAGUGAAGCGACUGAACAGUUACAGCAACGUGUUUUUGGUUGAACUUACAGGAAAUCUAAAUUUUGAAAAUGGAGAUAUAGUGCACUAUCUUGUUGAAGCUUCUGAUGGAAACCUGAUGGCCGUUGCUGAAGGAUCGAUUUUUGUACUUAACGUGAAUGAACCACCGAUGACUCUAGAUGAGAGUUAUUACGUUGAAAUUCGUGAAGAUGCUUUUAUUGGAUCGUUUGUUGUCACUGUUGAAGGUUUUGAUCCAGAUGUUGAUGACAAUGCUAUCUUGGCAUAUGCUAUUGAUCCGUUUUCAAACAGUGAUAAUAAGUUUGUUAUUGAUGCAUCUUCUGGAGUAGUUAAGUUGAUGAAAACACUGAAUUACACUAAGAAAAGCUUUUACAACUUGUCUGUUACGGUGUCAGAUGGCGUUAAUUUGGUUUCGACAUCAGUGAAUAUAAACGUGACUCGUUGCGAUUCUGAGUGCCUUUCUUUUGGUUUGAACAAGCCUGUUCCUGUCCUUUCUUCUAUUCCUCCAGUUAAUAUCUUGGAAGGAGUAUACAGGAGCUAUUAUUUAACCAAUUUUACAGUUACAGAUUAUGAGAACGUUACUUUAUCUGUCAAUGUUUAUGAUUUCGGUAGCAAUUUGAACUUAACAGUGAAGCGACUGAACAGUUACAGCAACGUGUUUUUGGUUGAACUUACAGGAAAUCUAAAUUUUGAAAAUGGAGAUAUAGUGCACUAUCUUGUUGAAGCUUCUGAUGGAAACCUGAUGGCCGUUGCUGAAGGAUCGAUUUUUGUACUUAACGUGAAUGAACCACCGAUGACUCUAGAUGAGAGUUAUUACGUUGAAAUUCGUGAAGAUGCUUUUAUUGGAUCGUUUGUUGUCACUGUUGAAGGUUUUGAUCCAGAUGUUGAUGACAAUGCUAUCUUGGCAUAUGCUAUUGAUCCGUUUUCAAACAGUGAUAAUAAGUUUGUUAUUGAUGCAUCUUCUGGAGUAGUUAAGUUGAUGAAAACACUGAAUUACACUAAGAAAAGCUUUUACAACUUGUCUGUUACGGUGUCAGAUGGCGUUAAUUUGGUUUCGACAUCAGUGAAUAUAAACGUGACUCGUUGCGAUUCUGAGUGCCUUUCUUUUGGUUUGAACAAGCCUGUUCCUGUCCUUUCUUCUAUUCCUCCAGUUAAUAUCUUGGAAGGAGUAUACAGGAGCUAUUAUUUAACCAAUUUUACAGUUACAGAUUAUGAGAACGUUACUUUAUCUGUCAAUGUUUAUGAUUUCGGUAGCAAUUUGAACUUAACAGUGAAGCGACUGAACAGUUACAGCAACGUGUUUUUGGUUGAACUUACAGGAAAUCUAAAUUUUGAAAAUGGAGAUAUAGUGCACUAUCUUGUUGAAGCUUCUGAUGGAAACCUGAUGGCCGUUGCUGAAGGAUCGAUUUUUGUACUUAACGUGAAUGAACCACCGAUGACUCUAGAUGAGAGUUAUUACGUUGAAAUUCGUGAAGAUGCUUUUAUUGGAUCGUUUGUUGUCACUGUUGAAGGUUUUGAUCCAGAUGUUGAUGACAAUGCUAUCUUGGCAUAUGCUAUUGAUCCGUUUUCAAACAGUGAUAAUAAGUUUGUUAUUGAUGCAUCUUCUGGAGUAGUUAAGUUGAUGAAAACACUGAAUUACACUAAGAAAAGCUUUUACAACUUGUCUGUUACGGUGUCAGAUGGCGUUAAUUUGGUUUCGACAUCAGUGAAUAUAAACGUGACUCGUUGCGAUUCUGAGUGCCUUUCUUUUGGUUUGAACAAGCCUGUUCCUGUCCUUUCUUCUAUUCCUCCAGUUAAUAUCUUGGAAGGAGUAUACAGGAGCUAUUAUUUAACCAAUUUUACAGUUACAGAUUAUGAGAACGUUACUUUAUCUGUCAAUGUUUAUGAUUUCGGUAGCAAUUUGAACUUAACAGUGAAGCGACUGAACAGUUACAGCAACGUGUUUUUGGUUGAACUUACAGGAAAUCUAAAUUUUGAAAAUGGAGAUAUAGUGCACUAUCUUGUUGAAGCUUCUGAUGGAAACCUGAUGGCCGUUGCUGAAGGAUCGAUUUUUGUACUUAACGUGAAUGAACCACCGAUGACUCUAGAUGAGAGUUAUUACGUUGAAAUUCGUGAAGAUGCUUUUAUUGGAUCGUUUGUUGUCACUGUUGAAGGUUUUGAUCCAGAUGUUGAUGACAAUGCUAUCUUGGCAUAUGCUAUUGAUCCGUUUUCAAACAGUGAUAAUAAGUUUGUUAUUGAUGCAUCUUCUGGAGUAGUUAAGUUGAUGAAAACACUGAAUUACACUAAGAAAAGCUUUUACAACUUGUCUGUUACGGUGUCAGAUGGCGUUAAUUUGGUUUCGACAUCAGUGAAUAUAAACGUGACUCGUUGCGAUUCUGAGUGCCUUUCUUUUGGUUUGAACAAGCCUGUUCCUGUCCUUUCUUCUAUUCCUCCAGUUAAUAUCUUGGAAGGAGUAUACAGGAGCUAUUAUUUAACCAAUUUUACAGUUACAGAUUAUGAGAACGUUACUUUAUCUGUCAAUGUUUAUGAUUUCGGUAGCAAUUUGAACUUAACAGUGAAGCGACUGAACAGUUACAGCAACGUGUUUUUGGUUGAACUUACAGGAAAUCUAAAUUUUGAAAAUGGAGAUAUAGUGCACUAUCUUGUUGAAGCUUCUGAUGGAAACCUGAUGGCCGUUGCUGAAGGAUCGAUUUUUGUACUUAACGUGAAUGAACCACCGAUGACUCUAGAUGAGAGUUAUUACGUUGAAAUUCGUGAAGAUGCUUUUAUUGGAUCGUUUGUUGUCACUGUUGAAGGUUUUGAUCCAGAUGUUGAUGACAAUGCUAUCUUGGCAUAUGCUAUUGAUCCGUUUUCAAACAGUGAUAAUAAGUUUGUUAUUGAUGCAUCUUCUGGAGUAGUUAAGUUGAUGAAAACACUGAAUUACACUAAGAAAAGCUUUUACAACUUGUCUGUUACGGUGUCAGAUGGCGUUAAUUUGGUUUCGACAUCAGUGAAUAUAAACGUGACUCGUUGCGAUUCUGAGUGCCUUUCUUUUGGUUUGAACAAGCCUGUUCCUGUCCUUUCUUCUAUUCCUCCAGUUAAUAUCUUGGAAGGAGUAUACAGGAGCUAUUAUUUAACCAAUUUUACAGUUACAGAUUAUGAGAACGUUACUUUAUCUGUCAAUGUUUAUGAUUUCGGUAGCAAUUUGAACUUAACAGUGAAGCGACUGAACAGUUACAGCAACGUGUUUUUGGUUGAACUUACAGGAAAUCUAAAUUUUGAAAAUGGAGAUAUAGUGCACUAUCUUGUUGAAGCUUCUGAUGGAAACCUGAUGGCCGUUGCUGAAGGAUCGAUUUUUGUACUUAACGUGAAUGAACCACCGAUGACUCUAGAUGAGAGUUAUUACGUUGAAAUUCGUGAAGAUGCUUUUAUUGGAUCGUUUGUUGUCACUGUUGAAGGUUUUGAUCCAGAUGUUGAUGACAAUGCUAUCUUGGCAUAUGCUAUUGAUCCGUUUUCAAACAGUGAUAAUAAGUUUGUUAUUGAUGCAUCUUCUGGAGUAGUUAAGUUGAUGAAAACACUGAAUUACACUAAGAAAAGCUUUUACAACUUGUCUGUUACGGUGUCAGAUGGCGUUAAUUUGGUUUCGACAUCAGUGAAUAUAAACGUGACUCGUUGCGAUUCUGAGUGCCUUUCUUUUGGUUUGAACAAGCCUGUUCCUGUCCUUUCUUCUAUUACCCCAGUUUUUGUUUCUGAAGGGAUGUACAAUAAUUUUAUUAUAACUUUUUUUAAUGUUACUGAUUAUGACAAUGAUAAUAUUUCUGUGAACAUUAUUGAUUGUUGCAGUAAUUUUUCUCUUACUGCACGGAAUGUUGAUAAUGGUGUUUUUUUUGUUGAGUUGAAUGGAUUUCUCAGUUCUAAAGUUAGUGAUGUGAUCUCUUAUACUGUUAUUGCUUUUGAUGGAUUUUUAACUUCAUAUGCUGUAGGGUCUAUUUUGAUUAAUCCUGUGGUAGAAGCAAAUCGUAAUCCUUAUUUUCUUGUUUUAGAUUACUUUGUUGCUCUUAAUGUUUACACUUCUUAUGUUACAACUUUAGUUGCCUUUGAUGAAGGGUCUGGUUGUAAUGGAGAGUUAAAUUAUCAGUCUUCUAAUGAAGCGUUUAAUGUUAGCAACUUUGGUGUUGUCUCUGUUUCAAAUUGGGCACUAGUAGGGAACUCUACUGUUUUUUUUGUAAAUGUUUUUGAUAAUAAUGUUCCUUCUCUUUCAUCAUUAGUUCAAGCUCGUGUAAAUGUGACUGUAGUUGGUAUUUUAGAGCCAAUUCCAGAGUAUUAUUUCUAUAAUGUUUCUCUUAAAGAAGAUUUCCUUUUAAAUUCAUAUAUAUUGUGUGUAAAUGCAACUAUUCCAAAUAGUUAUGGCAAUGUAGAGUUUCUUAUGAUUGAUCAAGAUGCUGAGUCUUUUUUUGAAAUUGGUUUUGUAAGUGGAAUUGUCAUUUUAAUUAAAAAUUUGGACUACGAAGUACAAGUUGUUCAUAAAUUUGUUAUUUUGCUACGUAACUCAUUAGAUCAUCAGAAGACUUCCAUUGCCACAGUUCUUGUUAAUAUUAUUAAUGUUAAUGAUAUACCACCUGUAUUUUUGUCCCGGUCAAAAGAUAUUUUUCUAGAUGAGAGUACUAGUAUUGGUCAGUUAGUUUCUAUUCUUUCAGCUUUUGAUAAAGAUAGUGUUAACUUAACCUAUCAAAUUAUUGAUGGAAAUUCUGAGUAUACAUUUAGUGUCAAUCAACUUGGUGAAAUUCGCGUGAACAAUACAUUAAAUGCUACAAAAUCUAGUUUUUAUAAUUUGGUUUGUGUAGCUCAAGAUGGAACUUUUUUUUCUGAUAAAAUAGAUAUUCGAAUUACAAUCAGGCCAUCGGCUUGUUUAUCAGCCUCUUCUUCAUCUUCCAAUAUAGUAUCAACAAAUACCUUACUAAACUUUUCGCUGGAGUAUGAAGCUUAUAACAUUGAUGUACAAGCAGAUUUCUCAUCAAGUGAUCCAGAUUUUGGAUACUACAGAUUUCUUCCUCGCAUUUCAUGGUACGAUGUUGUGUAUAAUCCAAAUGUUAACAAAAAUAAAAUGAGAAAGUAUUUAGCUUACACCAUCACAAUUCCAAAGAUUCAAUUAAAUAACACAAGAAAACGAAGAGACACUAGUGCAACUAAUCAACUGUACACCUAUCCUGUUAAUUUUGGAACACAAGCAGAAUGUAAAGAUCCUAAGAAUAGCACAUUGCCUUGUAAUGGACCACUACCUACUGAUAAAAAUAUAAUGUAUCAGUUAAGUGGAAUUAGUUCAAUGGGAAAUGGUACAGUGACUCAGGUUUUAUCUAGUGACCAAGCUAUAAACAUGACAACAAUUUCUCAGGACAUUGUAACAUCUGUUUCAAAAACGUAUAAAAAAAAGUAUUACUUCAUUGGCUUAAUUACUAUAGGGGUUUUAUUGCUUGUUACCAUUAUUGCGAUUGGAUAUUUACUUUUCUGCUUGAUGGUUUUAUACAAAAACCGGUGGCAAGGAUUUAAAGUUCCCAUAAUAUCAGAUAAACAGAUAGUUAUCAAUAAUAAGUUUGAUGUUCCACCAUUACCUUCAUCACCUUUUCCAUUCAAGUAUUUUUAUUCAGAUGCUCAGAAGGGUGACUAUAAUCCACAUGUUAGCAAUGUUUGGGAUAAUGUAAUGUUAUCAGACAUUACUUCAAGCUCAAUAAACAGUUUUUCAAUUAUGCAACCAAAUAUUCAUGGCAGCAUGUCAAGUAUCCAAACUGGAGAUUCAGAACCUGAAUCAAAAUUUGAGACUUUUUACUAUAAUUCUAACACUAUGACUGAAUCAAGCACGCAUGGUUUUACUUCUCAAACUAAUACUUCAAUUGAAUCAAACAUAUCAAAUCAAAAUAUAUAUGACCUUUCUUCUCAAACAAGCUGUAGUGAUAUUGACUCAAGUAGAAGUCAGAGUACUAUAGAUUGUUCAGAGGUUGUCUACACUAACUUGGAUUCAGAUUUAACUGAUCCUGACGAUUCAGAUUUAACAGAUCUUAAUGAUUUGAAUUUAAAUGAUGUUGGUGAAGAAUCAACUUUUUCCGAAGAUUCGCAAGAUACUUUUGAUGCGUCACGGUUUGAAGACGAAUAAUGAAUCAACAAAAAAAAUCUCGCGAUAUGCAGAUAAUUUUUCGACCAAAAGUUUGCUCAAUUCAUUUUUAUAAAAUUAUCUUAUUUAUUUUAAAAUUUAAAGUUUUUGUUUAAUUAUUUUUAUCAGUAUUUAUUUUUAAUAUUUGUAGUAUAGAGAAAACACAUAACAAAGUUGUAAAGAUAAAUAAAAAUUAAUUUAGAUUUAACUUCUAUCGUUAUUAAA